AUGCCCUCCAUUGACUGGCCAGCUGAUUCUCCAGACUUAAAUCUAUUCGAAAAUGUCUGGGGAUUGUUAAAGGGUAGAUUGGGGGCAAGAUAUCCAAACCCUAGUGGUAAUGAUGAGAUGAGAGCUGCUAUUUUGGAAGAGUGGGCAAAAAUUACCCCACAGGAAAUCCUAAAGUUCGUUGAUACAAUGCCUGAGAGAAUCGCUGCUGUUAUUGCGAAUGAAGGUGGACUUAUCCGUUGGUAA